GCACGCCGGAUCCCCCUCCUCGCACAUCAUCGUCAUUCAUCUACCCAAUGGAUCCGAAAGGUCCGUUUCUUUUGGUCCGACACAUCCUGGUUAUACAUCACUUUUAUCAUGGCCGAAGACCAGCAACAUAGAGAACAAUCGCCUUCGGAGGAGACGCCGCUCAUCACGCGUGCAUCUCCGACGUUGGAAAGUCGCAUUCAUGUCUCCUACAUCCGAGGAUCAAUUAUCGUUCUAUCGAUGGGGCUGCUGUUGUUUAUCCAGACUACGAACAUGUCGAUGAUGACCACGGCACAGUCGGAUAUCGCUGCAGAUCUAGAUGCUUUUUCGGAAACCACCUGGUUCAACUCGGCCUAUCUGAUUGCCGUGUCCAGCGUUACUCCCGUUGCAGGCCGACUCUCUCAGAUCUUCAGGCCCCGAUUAUACAUUCUCUUCUCUUGUGUUCUACUGGCUAUCGGGCUUUUCAUCACAGCAGUUGCGCAUAACCUCACGAUCUUCCUUCUUGGGCGCGCAGUAUCUGGAUGCGGAGGUGGUGGUCUCAUGAUUACUGCUAUCAUCUUAACUCUUGACCUAGCAAGCAAAAAGCGAAGAGGUCUUUUCAUCGGCUUGAUCAAUGUUGGAAUGACGACGGGUAUCGCGACCGGUGCGGUGCUGGCAGGCAUACUGACGCCAACUUACGGAUGGCGUGUGAUAUUCUGGAUCCAAGCACCUCUUGCCUUGAUUCUAGGCCCGAUUCAGUUUUUUGCUAUCCCGCACGACCUUGGCGAGGAAAGUUCACGAUCGCAGGAUCGGACGCUGUUACAGAAGCUGGCCAAGGUCGACUAUCUUGGAGCUUUGACUUUGGCAACAUCCGUUUUCCUACUUCUGUAUAGCCUUGCAUCACCUGAGAUUGCUAUCACGCCCAUAAUUCUGUUUCCCAUCGCCUUUGCCGGGUUCCUACUGAUCGAAGCAAAGUUCGCGUCGGAACCAAUCAUCCCGGUGGAAUUGCUCAAGAUGAGAAGUGUCCUGUUGACAUGUCUAGCAGGCCUUGUAUCAAUGAUGGCGCGCUGGUCUGUUCUCUUCUUCUCGCCGACGUAUGCAUUGGUGGUCCGCAAUUGGUCUCCGGCGUCGGCCGGUUUGAUCCUGGUUCCCACAAAUGCAGGUUUUGGCCUUGGUGGCGUCUUGGUUGGAUGGAUCCAUAUCCGUAAAACCGGAAGUUACUACAUUUCCUGUCUGGUCAUGUUCCUUCUUUUCGGGUUGUCAGAGCUUGUUUUGGCAGCACUUUCGACGCCCGACUCGCCCACCGCGGCCUAUAUAUUCUUUACUUUCUUGAACGGCCUCUCCAUCGGCGCGCUGAUGAAUUACAGCCUGUCGCACCUCCUGCACCUUACCCGCCCGGACGUGCAUUACUUUGUAACCGCUCUACUCGGCAUGUCAAGGGGAUUCGCAGGGAGUUUCGGAUCAGCAAUCGGCGGAGGCUUCUUCCAACGGGAAUUGAAGCGAGGGCUGGAAACGGGCUUUGCUGACCAUGGGUUGGAGAGAAACGAUGAGCUCAUCCGAAAGCUUCUGGGUAGCCCUGCGCUGGUAAAAAGCUUGACUGGUGUGGAACGCGCCGUUGCCGUGCAGAGUUACGAGCGGUCUGUACAGACGUUGCUGCUGGGGAGCUUUGUGAUCACUCUCGUGGCGGUGGCUGCUCAGGCUGGUACAGGCUGGACUCCGUUUCACGAUAAGGGGGAGAGGAGGGAUGAUCUAGAGAGUGUAGAUCGGGAGGACUAGACGUUGUAGCACAUGUUUAUACAUAGCGUCCGAGACUGCCCUUGGAGUAUUUCUUCUGGUUUAUUCAUAAGCUCAGAAACUGCG